AUGGCCAAACCUACUCCCUGCGAAGACUGGGAACCCUCCUUCAUCAAGAAAGUGGAAGCCAAUGUCAGAUCUACCUGCACCCUCCAGUGUGGACUGACCAAAGAGGAGCUCAAGAGAGUCAGUCCAUUCUCAUCAGCAAAGGAGCUUUGGGAAAAGCUGAUUGAACUUCACAAGGGAACCUCCGACACGAAGGUGAGUAAACGUGAUUUACUACUUAAUAAAUUAUACAAUCUGAGAAUGCAAGAAAAUGAGACGGCAACCCAGCUUCACGCGCGCAUUCAGGACCUCCUAAACGGCCUUCACGCAAUCGGCCAAAGAAUAGAGAACCGCGACAUAAUAAGGUACCAGCAGAAUGCGUGA